AUGUCCGACUACGAAGUCACCCUCGUCAACGACAGCAUGCGCGAAUUUUACGUGCGAUUCUACGGGCCAGCAGAGAGUCCGUCGUUUUGCUCUGCACCCGCCUCGUCCCUUUGUCUUACGGACAGCCCUACAGCACCAUUUGCAGGUGGCAUUUGGAAGAUACAUGUGGAGCUGCAAGCCGACUACCCAUACAAGUCUCCAAGUAUUGGUUUUAUGAACAAGAUCUUCCACCCUAACAUUGACGAAUUGAGUGGUUCUGUCUGCCUGGAUGUUAUCAAUCAAACGUGGUCACCCAUGUUCGAUAUGAUCAACAUCUUCGAGGUGUUUUUGCCGCAAUUAUUGCGGUAUCCAAACCCUAAUGAUCCUUUGAACGGCGAAGCCGCUGCGCUUUUGAUGCGACAUCCGAAAGAAUAUGAAGCCAAGGUCAAAGAGUACGUGCAAAGAUUCGCAACGAAGGAAGUGGUCGAUGCAACGAACGGUCCCGACGACAAAGAGGAGGAGGACGCAGAAAUGAGCGACAUUGGCAGCAUCAGCGAAGACGACUCUUGA